AUGCAGGCGCCUGCCCUGCAGACAAUCUGCCUAUGAAGUCCCAUAAUACAUCACCCCGCCCUUGUGUUCUGAAUAUAAGGGCGGACCGACAGCACUGGAGGACCACCGUGUUUUGAUCCUCUUUUAAAGGAGCAGCGCUACCAGAGGGGCUUCCUAGAAGUCGUCAUGGCGGACUCCGGCUCAGACAACCUGACAUCCCUUGCCAGGGCUCUGUCUCAACCAACACUGGACUUAAUAGAAGCAAAUGAAGUUUUCACCACACGAACUGUUCAGCGGCAGCCGUCUCGCAGGAGAAAGCUGUCGAGCUGCACCUCGAUAGAAACCACCGACCCGGUGACUUCACCUAGGUCCGCAGAGGCGCGAGUUCUGGUCAUCAACACCGGAGGAACCAUCGGGAUGACGCUUCAUGAUAACGUUCUUGCCCCAAAAGCCAAUGCUUUUGUGGAGGGCCUGCGUAAGCUGCCCAUCCUCCAUGAUGAGGUGUAUGCCCAGCAGACCGGCCUGUAUGACUACUAUGGAGAGAACACCCUGGUCCUGCCACCAAGCAACGGAAACAGUAAGAGGAUUCUCUACACCAUCUUAGAAUACAGCCCUUUGCUGGACUCUUCCAAUAUGACCACAGAUGACUGGGGUAGAAUUGGAAAGGAUAUUGAGAAAAACUAUGAAAACUAUGAUGGUUUUGUGAUUCUCCACGGCACAGACACUAUGGCUUACACAGCUUCUGCCUUGUCCUUCAUGUGUGAACAUUUGGGCAAACCGAUCGUCCUCACAGGCUCCCAGGUGCCUAUUUAUGAGAUGAGGAAUGAUGGCAGAGGCAACUUGCUAGGAGCGCUGCUAAUUGCUGGCCAAUUUGUCAUUCCUGAGGUGUGCCUGUAUUUCUACAACAAACUCUUCAGAGGGAAUCGUGUGACCAAGGUGGACACUGGGAGUUACAAUGCAUUCUCUUCUCCUAACUUGGCUCCCCUGGCCACUGCUGAAGUAGACAUUACAAUCAGCUGGGAUACAGUGUGGAGGGCGAACACGACAGCAAAGUUUCAAGUCAGCACUGAGCUGAACCGCAACGUGGGCCUGCUCCGGCUCUUCCCAGGAAUCACCGCUUCUACUGUGAGGGCUUUCCUGCAGCCGCCCAUGCAGGGUGUGGUCCUGGAGACGUACGGCAGUGGAAAUGCCCCCGAUAACCGUCCUGACCUGCUGGAAGAGUUGAAGAAGGCCACAGACUCUGGUGUCAUCAUCAUCAACUGCACCCAGUGUCUCAGAGGAACCGUCUCCCCCUCCUAUGCCACUGGCAAGGUGUUGAUGGAUGCAGGUCUGAUAGCUGGUGGGGACAUGACUCCAGAAGCCGCUCUGUCAAAGCUGUCCUACGUGUUGGCCAAGAAGGACCUUAAACUAGAUGCUAAGAAAAAGAUGAUGGCUCAGAACCUUCGAGGUGAAAUGAACGCCGACUUGGCCGGAGCCAAACUGUGUCUGAGCGACAGCCGCUUCAUCCAGGUCAUUGCCAAGUCUCUGAGCAUCAGCUGCAAGGAGGAGCUGGAAGCCAUCCGUGAUGCUCUGACUCCCCCACUGACUUGUGCUGCUGCUAAGAUCGGAGACAUAGAGGCCUUAGAAGCUCUGAAAGAAAUGGGCAGUAACUUGUGUCUGGGGGACUAUGAUGGACGUACGCCGCUGCAUAUUGCUGCCUGUGAGGGCCAUCUCAAACUGGUGCAGUAUCUACUGAGUCAUGGUGCUUCAGUCUAUGCUAAAGAUCGUUACGGAGACACACCCCUGUGCAACGCUGUUCGCUUCAAACACAAGGAAGUUGUGAAGCUGCUCAGAAAGACUGGAGCACACUUCUCUAGAGAAGAGUUGGAGGAAGCAGGGACCGAGCUGUGCAGUCUGGCAGCCAGCGGCGACCUGGAUGGUCUGAAAAUCUGGAGCAUUGCUGGAGCAGAUCUGAAUAAACCAGGAUAUGAUGGACAGACAGCCAUUCAAGUGGCCCAGGCUGUCGGCAAAAAGGAAGUGGUGGCAUUUUUAGUCCACCGUAUGAGCAGUACACCCAAGACAGUGUUUGGUGAAUUCAAUGAGUAUGAUGAUGAUGAUGAUGAGAGCGGAGUGGUCGAGUUCACGUCCACCCCAACAGGACCGUGAGCUGACGCUACCUCAACUGACAGGAACCAUCCUCUGUGUCCAUUUCCUCUGCAGCCGUCCUCUACAGACACCGUCCUGUUUGCUUUUGCACAGUUGCUUUUAGAAUGUCUGUAUAUUGUUAAAAGCUGCUUCAGUCUCUCCCUCCAAAAAGAUAAGCACACGUGUGUUUUGUUACUUCUUAAUGCAUGUGUGAGGAAACCUGUUACUGUGUUGAAUGUUUUAAUCACAUGAUUUGAUUAUCAUGUAUGAGCAGGACACUCUGUUAAUGUGAUGUUUAAUCAGGGAUUUCAGGGUGAACUUCAUUUUCAGUAACUCAAUACUGUAGCAUUACUUGAUAAAGUAGUGUUUUCUCUUCCUUUAGCAAUACAUUCAUGAUAUGUGGAAGUACAGGGUGCAUUCACAGAUUGUAUUUUUAUGCUUAUUUUUAUAGAGCGAUGCUGGAAAGCGUAAACCAAUAAAAAUAAGGUAUUUUUAUCACCUGGGAUGUUCCCCAACUUUAGCACGUGUCCACUUUGGUCAGAGCGUACCUUCUGGUCCAGAAGCAAAGAUUCUCAUUUCCUUCUACUCCAACAGGUCUUUCAAAAACCCUCAGUUACCUUUGAGACUCAUCCAGCCUGUUUGUUGUACUGAUUGUCGAGCUGGAAGCGUCGCAUAUCUCUGACUUUGAAAUGGAAAGGGGAAAUCCAGACUAUUGUGUGAGCCACUGAAAGGCCUAAAACUGACAGUUUCUGUUUGUGUGUUUUGAAUGUCUUCUUAUAUUCUUUGCAUUCACAAACAACUUGUGUUUUCAUCAUCUUUGUGUUAAAAUAAAUGGUGUUAAACACUCUUGUUUGUUUUAAUUUAUUUUUUUAAACCAAUGCAGGGUAAAGUAUCUCACCCUUUAACUGUAUCACCAUGUGUGAUUGUGUGAGUGAAAAUACAUUUUAAUUACUUGAAAUCAGCUGCUGUUUCCAGUGCUGCUGUUGUCUCACUGUUGUAUUCCCCCAAAUAAGUGUGAGAAAUGUGUUUCUUUUGUGGAUAAAAUAGCGGAAAUAAAUCUCUUGUUUCAAA